AUGUCGUGGCAAGCAUACGUCGAUGACCAACUUAUGGGCUCGGGCUACCUGUCCGCCGCCGCUAUUACCGGCCACGACGGCGGCCUUCGGGCUAAAAGCUCCACUUUUCCUGAGGAGAUUAAGGCAAUUAUGGAUGGUUUUACCGAACCCGGUUUACUUUAUCAAAAUGGCGUUCCUCUUGGUGGCACAAAAUACUUGGUCGUUGAAGCGACAUCAGCUAGCAUUUAUGGAAAGAAGGGAGCAGGUGGUAUUAUUAUCAGAAAGACUGUUAACACCAUAAUUAUUGGGAUCUAUAAUGAAAAUGUGUCUCCUGGCAAUAGUGCCAUGGUUGUUGAGAAGCUCGGAGAUUAUCUCGAAGAAAAUGGUUAUUAA